AUGAUGCGGCGCGGCAACCAGAACUAUGUCUGCUGGAGGUGUCUUUCGCUCCGGCCCGCGGGGCGUGUGGUGCCGCCGAGGAGGGCAUCUGGGCCGGUCGUCGCAGCAACACCAUUAUCGUCGUUCUCGGCCCUAGCGGCAGCGGCAUCGCGGCCCUCGUCGGCACUGUUCCCGAGCCUCACCAGGCACGACCGACGGCCGCUCCUCCGAUAUCUAUCCACCGAGCCCCCGGCGGCAGCGAACACUGGCCAGGGAGAAACCGGCGAGGGGGAAACCGCCAGCCUAUUCGACCGGGCACUUGACGAGGAGCUCGAUAGCGACCCGUUCGCUCGGCCUGGCGACAUCCGCGCGCAGCUUCGGGCAUGGGAAGCGCGCAACCCGGACAAGACUCUCACCGUACCCCCCGACGCCCCCGUCGGGAACAGCGUCAGCAACUCGUUGACCAAGAACCUGUGGGACCUGAACAUGCUCCUCGACAAGCCGACCGUCCAGGAUGACGACAGCUCGCAGCCGCAUUUCGACGGCGUCGACGUGAUCGAUUCCAGCCACGCCGGCGCCGCCCUGCAGGCCGGAGACCUGGUCGAGUUCAGCGCGAACUCGUCCACAAGCCUCUUCAUCGCCGUCUGUCUCGGCAAUUUCAACGGCCACCUACACUUCUACACGAGCAAGGGCCAGUGGUUUACGACCCGUUCCCUGCGUACGGGCUUCGUGGUCAAGAACUACUUCGAGGACCCCGGGGAGCUCGAUGACCUCGUCCAGGCGAUCCCCUCGCUGUCGAGCUCCGAGUCGGUGCUCAAGGACCUCCAGGAGCGCAAUGCCGGCCCGUCCCGCGAAAUCGGCGCCUCCUUAAUCCGCAAGAUGCACGCCUUCCUGACCGAAUCUCGCCUCCUCCACCAAGCCUACGUAGAGAGGCUGAGCAAGGCUCAUUUGUCAUUCGGAAAAGAGGAGAAAGUACUUAGCCUGCGUGAGAUUGCCGACGUCCUGCUCCCAGUCCAACUGAAGCGGGGCAAAAGCUACUUCCCCCCAGAGGCUCUGUACGCUGUUUAUUGCACCAUCAUGGCUGACGACCUCAAUUUUCUUCCUCUCACCCGAGGGGCCCGCGAGCGUGAGUCGUACAUGUUCGUCCUACAGCCAGCCAGCGUGCUCGAGAACGUCGCCCGGGUUGAGGAUUUGGUACGUGGCGUCUCUGAACUGGACGCUGCCCGCGGCAGAGCGGGCAAGAAGUUCAUAACGGCGACGGACUCAUUCCUGGAAUUCCAAAGCCAGGCUCGUUCCCUGAUUGACCAGACCCGAAAAACGCGCGAUUGGUCACCCCACGGAAUGGUCGGCCCAUUCAAAAACCCCGGGUCCGGUCCCGUCGCCCCCCCUCAGCCGGUUGCUUGGUCCGAGACCGGUCUUGCCGUCAUCCAGUUCCUGGAAACCUGGGCCGCUCAGGGCAGUUUCCGGCCCUCCUCUCGCUACCAUUGGGUUGGUGCUGCCAUUCUGCGGGGGCUCGACCGCUACCCUGGUGCUAUACUAGACAGCAGUACAGGAUGGACCUUUUUGCAGGAGAUCGGUUGGAUCGCGCCGUGGGACGUGAGCGCUCGCCACACUCUGCGUCUUCCGUCCCAGCGGACGACCCGGCACACGGCUCUUCCCAACCCCCCCUCGUUGGAUGCCACCAAGGUUGGGCUGGCCGGGGAUCGGUUAGCCCGCCUCCGGCAGGAAUUCGCCCAGUCCACUGUGUACUGCAUAGACUCGGCCGAUACGCUCGACGUUGACGACGGUAUAUCCCUAGAGGCCGCCGGUGAUGGGGAGUACUGGAUCCACAUCCACGUCGCCGACCCAGCCUCCCGCAUCCGACACACCAGCCCUUUGGCCAAGGAAGGGGCCAGCAAGAUGGGGACCAGCUACCUGGCCGGUUUCUACGACCGCAUGCUGGACCGCGACGAUGUGCGAGACAUCUUUUCGCUGCGCCCGGAUUCACCUAGCCUCACCUUCAGCGCCCGUGUCAACGAGAAGGGCCAGUUGCUCGGCAGUAAGGUGACCCCUGGGAUCUUAAAGGAUGUGGUCUACAUGACCCCAGAGGACGUAUCCUCCGUUGUCGGCGACACUCCCGAGGUUGUGCCCCCGCCCGAUGUCCUGGAAGUCGGGAAGCGACCUGCAGAACAUGCCCCCCCAGUUAGGAAAAUGGAUACGCCCGAGACCCUCUCGAAGGCCCAUAAGCGCGACCUCAAGACUCUGUUCAAGCUCGCUACGGCGAUCCGGAACGUUCGCCUUGAGAAAGGCGCCACUCCCGUGUUCCCCUCACGCCCCAGGGCCCGGGUCUCGCUAGAUGGGUUGUCCCCCGUAGCGGCCGAAAAUGGCUCGGCUUUCUACCACGGCGACCCCUACAUUCGCGUCGAGUACGACAACCAGGGCAGCUCUCUCGUCAGCUCCAUCAUGCAACUCGCUGGUGAGGUCGCUGCCCGCUGGUGCUUCGACCGGCGCAUCCCCAUCCCGUAUCGCGUGCAAAAGAUCGCCAGCGAGCACCUCGCAGCCCUGCAAGCCUUCAACCGGGACGUGCUCCACCCCAAGCUGCUGGCCGGCGAGCGUCCCACACAGGAAGAGUACAACGUCCUGCGCGUUCUCGGAGGCAGCUAUGAAGUCUCCACCCUGCCUGGCCCCUACCUCGGGAUGGGCCUAGACAUGUACGCCAAGGUGACCUCGCCGCUCCGCCGCUACCCAGAUCUGGUCGCUCACUGGCAGAUCGAGGCCGCACUCCUGGAAGAGCACCGUCUCGGGACCUCCCUUGCCGGCCGAAAACUUUCCGCUGACGGCCCCAUGGCCGUACCGGGGAAACCGCCCCCUACCCAAGGGUUCCUCCCCUUCACCAAAACCGACCUUGACAAUGACAUCCUCCCGCAGGUGCGCAUCCGCGAACGCCACCGCAAGCUGGUCGACAACGUCGAGGGCAACACCCAGUGGAUCUUACAAGCCCUGGUGCGCGCCUGGCGCUUCGGCGAGGGCUCGCCUAAGUUGCCGGAGACGUUCCGGUUUACGGUUGCGGACACCGCGCCUGGGCGUGGCCUCAUAGGCCGGCUUGAUUGGUUCGGCCAGGCGGCGGAGGUUGACCUGGAAGGGUUGAAGCCCGUGACAAGGCUGGCUGAGGUGAAGCCGAAUGAUGAGUUUGAGGUGGAGCUGUUGGAUGUGAAUGUGCAUACACAGAAGGUUUCUGUGAAGUUGCUGAAGAGGCUUUAA